AUGGAAGGUCAAGUAAAAGUCCUCCUUGAGGCUGAGCAUGCUGCCCAGGAGAUCAUGAAGCAGGCUCGUGCUGACAGAGAACGUAUCCAGAAGAAGGCAGCUGAAGAUGCAAAGCGCGAAAUCGAAGAGCACAGAAAUGAAGCAGCGAAAAACCUCGAAAAUAUUAAAAAAGAAAUUCAAGAGGAUAUUGAAAAGACAACAAAGGUUAUGGAGAAAGAAACUAACAAAAACUUAAAAGAUUUCCAGAAAAUAGCCGAUCAAAGAUUAGAUCAAGUAUGCGAUCUUCUUGUUGAAGCAGCUAUCAACGUCGAUGUUUAA